UUGGUUCAACUCUCAUGUCAAAACCCUCCGCGGGUCUUUUAUCUUUCUAGGGUUUCACAGGCCUAAUCGGAGAGGGAAGGCUCAGUUUUCUUCAGAGUUCAGAGAAGCUCACCAACAUGACGACCCAAAUGAGCAAAAAGCGAAAGUUUGUAGCCGAUGGAGUUUUCUUUGCCGAGCUGAAUGAGGUUUUGACUAGAGAGCUUGCAGAGGAUGGGUACUCUGGUGUGGAAGUUAGGGUUACCCCCAUGCGGACUGAGAUCAUCAUUAGGGCGACUCGUACCCAGAACGUUCUCGGUGAGAAGGGCAGAAGAAUUAGGGAACUGACUUCUAUUGUUCAGAAGCGUUUCAAGUUUCCUGAGAACAGUGUUGAGCUAUAUGCUGAGAAAGUCAAUAACAGAGGGCUCUGUGCCAUUGCACAGGCAGAGUCUCUGCGUUACAAGCUUCUCGGGGGGCUUGCUGUCAGAAGGGCUUGCUAUGGUGUCCUUAGGUUUGUCAUGGAAAGUGGGGCCAAAGGUUGUGAGGUUAUUGUCAGUGGCAAGCUCAGGGCUCAGCGUGCCAAAUCUAUGAAAUUCAAGGACGGAUACAUGAUAUCUUCUGGUCAGCCUGUCAAUGAAUAUAUUGACUCUGCCGUGAGGCACGUGCUUUUGAGACAGGGUGUUCUUGGUAUCAAGGUGAAGAUUAUGCUUGAUUGGGAUCCCAAGGGCAAGCAAGGACCAACUAAACCUAUUCCGGAUGUUGUCACAAUCCAUCCACCUAAGGAGGAAGAAGAUUACAUUGUUAGGCCCCUGCAACCGCCCGCAGUCCCCGCCAACAUAGAGAUUGCUGCUGUCUAGAUUACUAUUGUCAAUCCACAUUUUUCAGUUUUCAGAACCAGGAAUAGAUAAAAGAUGUAACUUAUUUUCAUGCUGGUUGCUAUGCUUGAAGAAUCGAUAGUUUUGGACUUUUAGUUGCUUGUUUUCCAGAGGUUUUACUGCAUGAUUCUACGCUGGACUAAAUGCUACAUGCCGAACUUGUAUUAUCGUUCAUUGAGGUUAUAUAUUCGAUCCAUGUUACGCAUAUGCUGAGUAUUGUAGUGGUUGAAUAUAAGUUA